AUGAUGAGUCAUACGCCAGUUAAAAAUUCGGGAGCGCAAGCUGCUCAAUCUCCACAGACAGAGCAAGAUUCAAUAAAUUUUGAGAAAUGUCAUAUCUGUAGUGAACGAAAAGACAAUAAGAUCGAAUGUUUGAUAAUAGUUAAAUGUAACCAUUCUUUCCAUCGUGCUUGUAUUGAAAAUUUUCUGUCAGACAACAAUGCAUGCCCAGUUUGUAAUCUUUCUUGUGAAUUAUCAGACCUAAAGAGAAUUACGUUUUCUACAAAGUCUAGUAGAUCUAGAGGAGCAAAAUCUCGCGGUGCUCAAACUGGUCAUCAAUAUACAACUCGUAGUACAGUACAACCUAGUUUUCAAGAUACACAAACAACUACUGAGUUUACUUUUCCAAAUAAUGCAUCUAAUCAAUCAGAAAACUUUGAUAAUGAAACUACAACUGCUCAAAACGUUAAUGAAACUUCUGUUGAUUCCCAAAUUGUUAACCCAUCUAUCGUAGAUUAUGCGCAAAUUAAUAAAAUGAUCGAAGUUAAUUUAGGCAGAGCUCUAAAGAACUUCAAGAGUGUUCCUCAACAAAAUUUUCGAGAUCCAAAUUCUCAAACCCAUGUCCAACAACAACGACCUUUUUGUAACCCAAAUUCAAAUUUAAUUUACCCACCAAGACAAGUUAGUCAAUCUGCUACUGAUUCCAACUUGCAUCCACCAAAUUUAUUAGAAUCCAAUUCUGAUAAUCCAACUCAAUCUCAAGAUCUUUCACAAUCACAGCCUCAAUCUAAUCCAACAAUUGGAUCCAGAGAUAGUCCAAAUUUACUUUUCACGUGGAAUACAGUUAAACUCGUUAUUGUUGAAAACGGCAGCUCAACAGAGUAA